AUGGCUUUCCUAGGAACAGUCCUGAAUGGCAUUGGCGCGAUGCUGUUAACGCAUGCUGUAUACUCGACCCACGAACACACAGCAACCUUCAAAUCCACCCCGCUUCCCCUCGAUAUAAGCCUAGAGCUACUGGCCUCCAUCGCGCUACUCUCCCUCGGAAUCGUCGUGUCAUUUGCCCCGCUUAAGCCGAUACGAUACGCGGAAUGGGCCGGCCAGCUCUCCCGCACGGGCAGGCGUGGAAAGGGCGAAUACACGCGAGAGGGCGAGGAGGUGCUCAGUGAGGGCGACCCUUAUGCCUUCCUAGGAUUAGACAGUGGGAUUGGCGGGAAGGGAGAGGGAAGAAAGGGCUUCUGGGACGUCAAGGGGAAGAGGAAGGAGUACGAGGAGUGGGUGAGGAGUGGAGAGAAACAGUAG